AUGGCCUCGUCCUUUGUGAUCAGAAUCCCUUGCUCCUCCGCCAACAUCGGCCCCGGCUUCGACGUGAUCGGCCUCGCCCUGUCCCUCCAUCUCGAUAUCCACGUCACCGUCGACCCUUCCAAGGGCUCCUCUACCUUACCCCUCAACUGCGCCAUCACCUACGAGGACCAGAGCAAGUCCGCCGAGCAGAUCAGCCUCGACCCCGAGGUCAACCUCAUCACCCGUGUCGCCCUGUACGUCCUGCGCUGCCAUGACCAGCGCGCAUUCCCCGCCGAGACUAAGGUGCACAUCAUCAAUCCCAUCCCGCUGGGUCGCGGCUUGGGGUCGUCGGGCACGGCCGUCGUCGCGGGUGUCAUGCUGGGUAAUGAGGUCGGCAAGCUGGGACUGAGCAAGGAGCGGCUGCUCGAUUACUGCUUGAUGAUUGAGCGGCACCCGGAUAACGUGGCGGCAUCCCUCUUCGGCGGCUUUGUGGGCACCUAUCUGAAUGAGCUGAAGCCCGAGGACGUGGCGCGGAAAGAGAUCCCUCUGAGUGAGGUCUUGCCUUCACCGGCAGGAGGCAUUGAUACCGGCGUCAGGCCGCCCGAGCCCCCGCUGGGCAUUGGCCACUACCGCAAGUUCGACUGGGCUCCGGAGAUCAAGGCCAUUGCCAUUAUCCCUGAUUUCGUGGUGCCCACUGCCAAUGCCCGCAACGUGCUUCCUCAGACGUACACCAGGGCCGACGUGGUCUUCAACCUCCAGCGCGCCGCGCUCCUCCCCGCCGCACUGGGCAGCACCCCACCAGAUCCAGAUAUGAUCUUCCUCGCCAUGCAGGACAAAGUGCACCAGCCAUACCGCCAGACCCUUAUUCCUGGCCUGAGCGAGAUCCUGCAAUCCAUGACCCCGGCUACCCAGCCCGGCCUGCUGGGCAUCUGCCUCUCCGGCGCGGGCCCCACCAUCCUGGCCCUGGCCACCGAUCGCUUCACCGAGAUCGCUGAGCGCAUCAUCGCCCGCUUCGCCACGAACAACAUCACCUGUCAGUGGAAGCUGCUCGAGCCUGCGCAGGACGGCGCCACCGUCUCAAUGAACUAA